GCUCCGGCUAAGCUCUGCUUUUGUGUGGGAGGGAGCGAGGCAACCACCAGCACCAGGAAAACGAGCGGACGCCGGAGAAGGGAGAGGUCAGAGGAGGAUGGCAGCGGCCGCGGCGGAGGGUGCGGCGGCGCCGGUGGCGGCGGCGAUGAGGGCGGUGCUCGCGCGGGCGGGGCGCGCGGCGGAGCGGUCCGGGCGGGCGGCGGAGGCGGUGCGGGUGGUGGCGAUUGGGAAGACCAAGCCGGUGUCGCUGCUGCGGCAGCUCUACGACGCCGGCCACCGCUCCUUCGGCGAGAACUACGUCCAGGAGUUCGUCACCAAGGCGCCGCAGCUUCCGGAAGACAUCCGGUGGCAUUUCGUCGGGCACUUGCAGAGCAACAAGGUGAAAUCGCUAGUAGCUGCUGUUCCAAAUCUUGACAUGGUUGAGGGUGUAGGUAAUGAAAAGAUUGCUAAUCAUCUGGAUCGUGCUGUUGUUAGCUUGGGGAGGGAGCCUUUGAAAGUUAUGGUGCAAGUAAACACCAGUGGAGAAGAGUCAAAAUCUGGUAUCGAUCCUUCUAAAUGUGUGGAGCUUGCUAAGCAUGUGAAACUAGCUUGCCCAAACUUAAUACUGUCAGGACUCAUGACAAUAGGGAUGAAAGAUUACUCCUCAACACCGGAAAAUUUUAAGGCAUUGGCAAAUUGUAAGCUUGAAGUUUGCAAGGCCCUUGGGAUACCGACAGAACGGUUUGAACUCUCCAUGGGAAUGUCCGGUGACUUUGAGCAAGCGAUAGAGCUGGGCAGCACAAAUGUGAGGGUUGGGUCAACAAUAUUCGGACCAAGGGAGUAUCCAAACCAAAAGCAGAAUUAAAGAACACGUGUGUCAUGUGCUCCUUGAUACAGUUCUUAUUGCCUAUGUGCAUUGUAUGUAUGUAUGAUGGCAUGUAAAUGUACAUGUAAAUAUCUGAUGUUUACAAGUGUAUAGAUAUGACAGUACUAUUCAACCACACAUUUUUUUUA